AUGUAAGUCUAAGAGUCAGAAGUAUAUAAAAGAAUCAAAUUACUUGGAUCAGGAGCAUAUGGAAAAGCAUAUCUAGCAGAAAGUAUUAGAGAUGGAUAGUUAUGUGUAAUUAAAUAGAUUGAUGUGUCUUUUAUGAAGUAGGAUGAAAUUGCAGUAAGAGAAUAUUACUAUUAAAUAUUAUAGCAAGCAUAUAAAGAAGCUAAAAUAAUGUCCACAUUGAAACAUCCUAAUAUAAUUAAUUUUAGGGAAGUAUACAAAACAAAGAAGGGUAAAUUGUGUAUUGUUAUGGAUUAUGCUGAUGGUGGUGAUUUAUCUCAAAAGAUAAAAUAAACAUAAGGUUCUUUAUCAGAAUCUUAAGUACUUGAUUGGUUCACUUAAUUGAGUUUGUCAGUUAAAUAUUGUCAUGAUCGAAAGAUUCUUCAUAGAGACAUCAAAACAUCUAAUGUGUUUUUAACUAAAGAAGGUAUGAUUAAGUUGGGUGAUUUUGGGAUUGCUAAGAUUUUGUCAACAACCACUCCUUGUGCAAAAUCAGUUAUUGGUACACCAUAUUAUAUGGCUCCAGAGAUGUUUGAGAAUCAACCAUAUGGAUUUAAAUAAGAUAUUUGGUGUUUAGGAGUAGUUUUAUAUGAAAUGUGUAAUAAAAGACCACCAUUUGAAGGUGAUAAUAUAGCUUAACUUGCUUUAAAAGUUGUCAGAUGUGAAAUUACACCAACUUUGGAAUGUUAUUCAAUCAAAUUAAGAAAGUAUGCAAUUGCAUUCACUUCUAGUACAGUUUAAUAGUAAAACUUCUAUCUUGUAAAGAACAUAGACGACCAACUAUCAAUGAAAUUUUACGUGAACAAUUAAUCAGAGACAGAAUCAAGUCAUUUCUAAGUGAGACACUCUAAAAAGAAUAAUAAGUAAUUAAUCAAAUAGUAAAAACAAAAAAACCUGUACAAUAAUUACCUCAAUUGAAGAAAAGAAUGGCUACUCCAAAAUAAAGAGCUAGUCCUAGUGUUCACAAAUUACCUGAAAUCAAGAGAACUAUUGAUACUCCUAAUUUUAGUAGAAGAGUAUAAUUAAAAUAGAAUCAUUCAUAUCUACCUACAUAAUCUCCUAGAAGAUAGUCUCCAAGAAGAAAGAAUCAAUUAUCAGAAGGUCCUGAAACACCUAAUAAAAUAAUUAAAUCACCUUCAUUGAAUAUAAGGAUUUAGAGUGGUAAAGUACUUACAGAUAAAUAUCUUUAAUUAAAGAAAUAAAUUAAAUCAUUUGAUCGUUAAUAAAGUGGCAGAUAAAUAGUUAAUAAUUAAAGUAAUCUGUUUUUUAGUCCAAAAAGAAAGUAGUAAGAAGAAGAAGAGAAAGUAUUAGAUCCUAUUGAAGAAGCUGAUAGUACACCUUUGACAUUGACUAAAUCUAAUAUUGAAUUUUAAGAUUUUAAUAAUUCUAUUGAAGAAAGAAGAAAAAAAAAUAAAAUUAUUUUUAAAGAUCCUUUCAAAAAAGAUGAUGAAAUGAGUUAAAUGAUAUCAUAAUUGUAAGAAAUAGUAGAAGAUGAUUUUGAUAAUCCACCAGAAUAGAUUAAAGUAUAAUAUAAUUAUUAAAUUAUUUAGAAUUUAAGAGCUAGAUUGAUUUAAAAAUUAGGUAGACAUUUCGAUGAAGUCAUUAAAUAAUGUGUAUAAGUAUUUAAAAAGAAUGGUGAUUUGGGUUAAAGUGAAAUGGUUGACAUUCUACAAUAAAGAUUUUUAGGUGUUUCUAUAAAGAAAGUUUCUGGAAUAGCAACAUUAAUUCUCACACUAAUUAUUUAAACACAAGGAGAAACUAUUAAUACUGAAUUUUGA